CCGAAGGGGACUGUUUGCUCCUACGGGCUGUAGAUGGAGCUGUCCGGCCCCGGCGAGGGGGAAGGCGCCUGGAAAACGUUCUUCUCCCUGGCCGGCCCGAGCGGGGAACAGCACUCCCAGGAUGCAGUUUGUGUCAACACGGCCGCAGCCUCAGCAGCUGGGCAUCCAGGGCCUGGGGCUGGACAGCGGGAGCUGGAGCUGGGCCCAGGCUCUGCCCCCGGACGAGGUGUGCCACCAGGAGCCGGCGCUGCGCGGGGAAAUGGCCGAGGGAAUGCCGCCCAUGCAGGCUCAAGAGUGGGACAUGGAUGCUCGGCGACCGAUGCCUUUUCAGUUCCCGCCCUUCCCAGAUAGGGCACCUGUCUUCCCUGACCGCAUGAUGCGAGAGCCCCAGCUGCCCACGGCAGAGAUCUCUCUCUGGACUGUGGUGGCCGCCAUUCAGGCUGUGGAGAGGAAGGUGGAUGCCCAGGCCAGCCAGCUGCUAAAUCUGGAGGGGCGGACGGGGACGGCCGAGAAGAAGCUGGCGGACUGCGAGAAGACGGCCGUGGAGUUCGGGAACCACAUGGAGAGCAAGUGGGCCGUGCUGGGGACCCUGCUACAGGAGUACGGGCUGCUGCAGAGGAGGCUGGAGAACAUGGAGAACCUACUGAGGAACCGAAAUUUCUGGGUCCUGAGGCUGCCCCCGGGCAGCAAGGGGGAGGUGCCCAAGGUUCCUGUGACGUUUGUCGACAUCGCCGUUUACUUCUCUGAGGAUGAAUGGAAGAACUUGGACGAGUGGCAGAAGGAGCUUUACAACAACCUCGUUAAGGAGAACUAUAAAACCCUGAUGUCCCUGGACACAGAGGGUGCAGUGCCCAAGCCAGAUGCCCCAUCGCAGGUGGAGCCCAGGGAAGAGCCUUGCGUGUGGGAGCAGCGUGACCCAGAAGAGAGAGAAAUCCUAAUGGACCCAGACACAGGAGCAGAGCCGCUGGUGCCUGCCCAGGAUUCGUCCUCGCAGGUGAAGCGGGAGGAAGCACUGUGUGUCCGGGGGCAGCGGGGCCUGGAGGAAAGAGCCAUCCCCACGGAGUCCAUUACUGACUCACCGGCCUCUGCCCAGGACCUCUUGUCCCGGAUUAAACAGGAGGAGCACCCGUGCGUGUGGGAUCAGCAGGAUCUGGCAGAGAGAGAUAUCCCAACAGACCCCAAUUCAGAGUCUCUGAUCUCAGCGCAUGACAUUCUGUCGUGGAUCAAGCAGGAGGAGCAGCCGUACCCGUGGGGCCCGCGCGACUCGAUGGAAGGAGAGCUCGGAUUAGAUUCUGGUCCCAGUGACAGCCUGCUGCUGGUGAAGAACCCGCCCCCCGCCCCGCAGCAGCCGCCGCCGCCGCCGCCGCCCGCACCGCAGAGCCUGCCGGUGCUGCCCGCGGCCGAGAACGCGAACGCGCCGGGCGCGGGGCCCCCGGACGAGGGCUUCCCCGCGCUGGCCGGGGAGCGGGGCACGGGCGGGGCGCAGGCGGGGGGCGCGGGCGGCGGCGGCGGCGCGGGCGGGGGCCCCGGGGGCGGCGGCGGCGGCGGCUGUGGCAGCUGCUGCCCGGGCGGCCUGCGGCGGAGCCUGCUCCUGCACGGCGCGCGCAGCAAGCCCUACUCGUGCCCCGAGUGCGGCAAGAGCUUCGGCGUGCGCAAGAGCCUCAUCAUUCACCACCGCAGCCACACCAAGGAGCGGCCGUACGAGUGCGCCGAGUGCGAGAAGAGCUUCAACUGCCACUCGGGCCUCAUCCGCCACCAGAUGACGCACCGCGGCGAGCGACCCUACAAGUGCUCCGAGUGCGAGAAGACCUACAGCCGCAAGGAGCACCUGCAGAACCACCAGCGGCUGCACACGGGCGAGCGGCCCUUCCAGUGCUCGCUCUGCGGCAAGAGCUUCAUCCGCAAGCAGAACCUGCUCAAGCACCAGCGCAUCCACACGGGCGAGCGGCCCUACACGUGCGGCGAGUGCGGCAAGAGCUUCCGCUACAAGGAGUCGCUCAAGGACCACCUGCGCGUGCACAGCGGCGGCCCGGGGCUCGGUGCCCCUCGGCCUCUCCAGGCGCCGCCGGAGCACGACUAGGGCUGGGCUGGGGGAGGGGAGGGCCCGAGGCCCGAGCGGGGCUGGGGGAGCGGGCCUGGGAGGUGGCCAGAGCACCCCUGAUCCUGCCCCUGGUUCUCUCGGCGCGCCUCCCCUCCCUCCGCCUGCCACCUGCUGGAAAUUGGGAAGAGGGAUUGCACUCCAGACAGGGUUCCCCGAGGGUCGGACAGGGGUCCCCUAGAUCUGUCCGGCCUGAAUGGAUGGCCAGCUCGUCUCGUGGGGGUGAUCCAAGGGGCCUGCUGAGUGUCUUUCCGCCAGGGAAGGUGCCAGAACGGACAGUGAGGAGGCGAGAGGCUUGGGGCAGCCCCCUCGGACGCCCCGCCACCUAGCGUGCCCUGGGUCAGACCUCACUUUGUCCAGUUCGGCCACUGGAGUCACACUUGGUGAUCGGGGGAAGCAACUAGGCAGUCUCAGAAGCCCUCUGAGAUAAAUAAGGUCCUAAGGUUAAGAGAGGCUGAAUAAGGAAGCAGAAGUGUGACGGAGGUGAGGGAUGAGCUAAGGGGUACCAUCUCUGAUGACAGCACUGCCUUGCGUUCUAAUAGCGCUUUAUACUUUUUUAACGUGUUUUCUAUCCGUUAUCCGUUCUCACCCUUAGCCUGUCCCUCUGAGGGGUAGGAUUGUCCCUACUGAGAAAAGAGGCCCAGGUGGCUGCUUUACCAGGAUCACGCAAGAAGAUAGCCGCAGGGCUGGGACCAGGGCUCCUGACCCCAGUGCAGUGUCUCCCCACCACACACACUGCCUACCUCCCAUGGCUGAGAGGCUUCUCGGCCUGGCCUCUCUCGGUCUCUCUCUCUCCGGUCUCCUCCCCAGACUCAGAAAGCAGCAGGGGGCCAACUCCCAGGGUUUCUGGGGGUUGGGGAACCCAUCAGCUACACAAUGCCCUGGGUCGUGCAUCUGAAAGGCUCUUCCCCUGUAGGCAUUCCCAGGCGGCAGGUCCCCUCCCCCAGCCGGUCCUUCCCACCUCCAGUCCUUCAAUCUGGUGCAGCAUCUUGUCACUGCCCAGUAGUGACCCAGCCCUCCAGAGGCAGCUGUUGCCCUGGGUCAGACCUCACUUUGUCGAUUUAUUCCAGUUUCCCCAGGGCAAAGGGGUGAGGGAGGGGCUCCUGCUGCUGGAGCAGCCGUCACAGGAAGUGAGUCUCUUCCCAGGAGGGCUGGGCAAGUGGGUGCUAGAGUCUGAGAGCCUCAGUCUCCUGCCCUGAGCCUCCCCACUGGUGCUAUCUGUUCGCUGACCAUGCUCAAGGACAUGGACACAGACCCCACUCGGCCCCAGACCCUGCAGGCGCCUCGGGGAGGCACCCAAAGGACUCCCUUGAGCUGGUGCAUCCACUCUGUGGUCCUGAGGGGCCACGGUCUCCAUUUCUGCAUCUUGCAUGACCAGGCACUGGGAUGGGGUGGCGCGCCCAGACACCCUUGUUUGUGUCAAGAAUGACUUUUCCUGCUCCUCCCGUCGAUCCUGCUUCUCUCCCAGUUCAGGGAGCACCGUGGGCAGCCGGCAGCCGGCACCACGUUCGCCAGCGUUCCGCUUCCACCCUUCCCCUCAUCUGCGCCGCUCUGCUUUCCUCAGACCCCUUUUUGCCAUGCAAAGGGAAUUCUCGAAACUAAAUAAACGGUGUCCAGAU